AUGGAUGAAGACACUCCUCUUUCCGCUCAUGUGUUCCAGUUACAAAAGAAAUCGGUCCAAGUGAGCCACACAUUGAAAGACUUAUUACUGCCCGACUCAUUUCCCAUGAAAGCAAUAAAUGCAGUAUCAGAGUGGCAGGUGGAAACUCAAUUUAUUAAUUACUUCAAACCCGAAGAUUUGAACAAGAAGACAGCAGUUGAAAAGACAGAGUCAACGUUUCGAACUCCUAAUCGGUAUCUCUUGAUGAGACUGACCAUAGGAGGAUUGUAUAGGUUGCGGCAGAAACCACCAACUCGUUUGUUGUCCAAAAUCACAUCGCUGCUAUGGAAGAAAUCUUCCAAGAACACUCACGCUUACUAUGAAUACUUGGCGCAAAAUCAUGCAGCGUGGCAUGAGCAUUACAUGCGUUACGAAAAAAUCUCAACUCGAAAAUGGAGGCCAGUUGAUUUCAAAAAGCAGUGCUUAACAUUCAAAAUCACAAUAAGGAAUCUGCGUAAAUUGAAUCAGCUUAAGUCUGUCGAAUCAUAA